AUUUACACAAACAGGCCCUAGAAGACUUUAUAAAGCAGCUGUUUGGAAUGAUAUAUACAUAUAUACAUAAUGUGUGUCCUGAUCCAUCCUGAUGUAUGCGCUGCACAUUACCAGUUUUUCUUGUGGAGAGUUGUACCAUCACAGUUCUGUGUGGCUAACUUUAUUAUUGCUCUCCUUUUGCAGGUAGCAGAACCAGACCAGUCUUCUUCAUAGUUGUCAGGUUCUGACCAAUUCACUGAGAUCUAUUUCAGCAUGUUGGCAUUGUUAAGACCCCUGCGGAUCCUCCGCUUUGCAGAACAUUACAGUCUGACCCGGUUCUGCUCAGCCUUUGUGUCCAGAAUGAGGUACCUCAACAUGCUGAAGGAGAAUGAUGCAGCAUGUGUUUCAGCUCUGCAGAACGGGCACAUUUUCCUGUUUCAUCAUCUCAUUCCACUGCUGCAGCGCAGUGACCCAGGAACUUUUAGAUCUGUUGCCCUCAGCUACUCAGAAGUCCAGUCAGUCCUGCAUAGAUCUGGUUCUGAUGGAUCCUUACUAAAGGAGUCCAUUCUGAUUGGGUGUUCUGAGCAGAACCAGGCUCAGUUCUGUCUGGAUGUGGGAAAACUGGAUCCAGCAGCAGUUGCGAAGGAAUGUAAGGGAACGUUCAUAGAUCUCAGGAAAGCUUUCUUUCUCCUGGCAGGAGCUGAGGCACAUCUAGUGGCCAAGGCCCAGGCUUUGCUGCGAUGGCACCAGAUUAACAGGUUCAGUGGUGCUACAGGCCAGCUGACCCAUCGGAACCAGGCUGGCAGCCAGAGGGUCUGCAGCAGCAGCUCUAUUGUCUACUACCCAAAGAUGUCUCCAGUGGUGAUCGUCUUGGUAUCUGAUGGAAAACGCUGUUUGUUGGGCCGUCAGUCAUCCUUCCCUAUUGGAUUGUACAGUGCACUUGCUGGCUUCUGCGACAUGGGCGAGACUCUGGAAGAGGCUGUGAGCAGGGAGGUAGCAGAAGAGGUGGGUCUGGAGGUACAGAACAUCAUUUACAGCUCCUCGCAGCACUGGCCAUUCCCUCACAGCUCCUUCAUGCUGUCCUGCCAUGCCACAGUUAGCUCCGCCCACUCUCAGCUGAAUGUGGACCACUUAGAGCUGGAGGAUGCUCGCUGGUUCACUGAGGAGGAAAUCACCUGCGCUCUGCAGGUAAUGGCGCCACCCAAGAGAGUUCAACCCACCACUGUCUGGCUGCCUCCUAAACAUGCUGUCGCCCACCGCCUUAUCAUGGAGUGGAGGGAUAGCCAACAACGCAGCGAAGGCACAGAAUGACGUCUAAAUGCGUUGAGGAACAAAACAAAACAGAUGCUCCUGACAUUAAAUCCUGACAUAUUAUAAUAAAUUAUCCCAAUGUGCUCAUGACAUUGCCCAAACCUGUCCAAAAAACAUGUUGUUAAUAUCUUAUUAAUAUGUUUCUCACACCUUUUUAUAUAACCAUACUUUUAAACUAAGUGUAACAGAAGAAUUGACACAGAUUCAACAGAAACUGUGCAAUCUGAGGCUAUGGGAAUGUUCACACAGUCAGGACAGAUAAUUUUAGACAGAAACAAAACUGCCUCGUUCUAACCUGAAGAAGAACCAGAAAGCUUUUUUGUUCUCAUGUCGACUUCCAUAAUUGGAACAGCCUCCAGACAAUUCUAGAAAGAGCUAAGAUGGACUCUGUGCUGUGGAAAAACUGUUUUUGUGUAUCCGAGCUGCUGGUCAUGUUUGAAAUAAUUUCAGUUUCUCUGAGUGAUUGUAAAUAUUAAAUAUAAUAGAAAUAUCCUUUUUUCAGGUGUAUCAGCAGCAUAGUGAAAGACAAAUGGAAGCAUCAAGAUACACACGAAGGUAAAAAAAAUAAAAAAUAAAUAAGCUUAACAGACUGUACAGUAAGGGGAAAUUUUACAACAUAAGAAAGCUAAACCAGACUGUUAUGUACUGUUAUCACCAAUAGCAUACUCAGAAUAAAUUAAAUGUGCAACCGAGUGGGUGAACGAUGCAUACCAGCCUGUUAGAGACACAGGCCUGUGUCCUAACAUAGUGCAGGUGGCCUGUGAGUGCAAUAUCCACUGGGAUAGGCGGUGGUCCACUGCUGACAGCUUAAUAGCCGUGGAAAAAUCAAAGAACAUAGUCCUCAUAUAUCCCUUUUCCACCAACACAGUUCAGAGCCUGUUCCAGUUCCCAAAUGUGAUUUCGAACCAAUGAAAAGGUGUUCCAAAGCGUGAACUCUGGUUCAACUCGUGCACCGCUGAAUACUUGGUUCUUCUGUGUGAGCUGUAACAUCACCCGUGGGUGGGUCAAAGCCCUAGACAAUAGAAACAACAAGUACGGUGGCGAAGACAAAGAAUGUACCGUAUAAACGUUAUUUAUGUUUGCAAAAACACACUAAUCAUGCAACUACUGGUUUAUGCUACACUCGAGGACGCUGAACAUGUGUAGAUGAAAAUAUUGUACAUACCAUUGUUCUUGCACGGAGUCGCUGUUUCCUUUUUCGUAUUAACUGUAGUUUAUGGAUGCUUUGCAUUACAAAGAACAUUGCGCACAUCUCAGCAAACUCUGCUGUCUCGCUACUAAGCUUCCCACCACGCUUAGCAAUGCCCACUGUUGAUGAGUCAUUCUUGGUUCGCAAAACUGGAAGGCAUGCGAACCCAACCUGUUCAAGAACGAGAGAUCUUUCGGUGGAAAAUGUUUAAAGUUCUUCAAGGCUUCUCCGGGUGGGUCAGAGGUUGUUGCAGGAAGUAGAUGAUGUUAUCAUCCACCUGGAGGUAGGCAAACUGUAGUGGACCCAACGAAGACCUCACCAGGGGGUGACUAUGGUUGAGGAGCAACCUAUCUGGGGUCUAUUUAAGAUGUGAGGUCAUUGUUAAAAGCCUGUAGCUGUUGAGGCCCUUCAGAUGCGGGGUCUCCAGCAAUCGUACCACACAGGAAGUUUUUAACAGCUGUGGUACUUUCCACAGCUUCAGGCUCAUGUUGAAAAUGUAUCCCAUGAUGCCGCACUGUUGAUUUGCACAGCACCUCAGGAGCCUGGAGCUGAUGCCAAUCGGACUUGCUGCCUUCCACGCCUCUGUUCACGUGUUUCCGGGCCAAAAAUAGCUCCGCUUCCACAUGUUUGUGUGUCUGCUGCUCUCAGAAACAGAAGGAAGAAAAUUGUUCCUGUCAAACUUCCUUGGAGCACAGGUCUGCUAAAAUGUUCCUCGGAACAGCCUCUGUAUUAAAGCUGAUCCCUGUUGAGAUUAAGGAACUUUCCUUAGGAGAUCCAGGAUAAACCUGGUGAAUCUGCUCCUAUUUUUAAUGUUUCACAGAAAUCAGACUAUCUGGGCCCCAUUUCAGAGAGCAGGGUUAGUGAGUAAGUUCUGGGGUCAGUAUGUGCAUACCCUGGGUUUUUGGUUUUAGAAAGCCAGGUAGCCGUUUCCCUGAGUCAAGUUAUCCUUGCAACUUACUUUGUGAACCAACCCUGCUUGAUAGCAGGGUUUAUUCAUCUAACCCUGAGUCUGUCCUUGGUUUUCGCUGAUAUCUGGUACAAGGAACGUUGCAGAAAUGGCGUGUCCUUAUCUGAAAGGGCCUGUAGACGUUGGAGCGCAACUACUCUGCAGAAAUCUACAUCAUGAGAGGGUGAUCACACUGCUAUUAGAUGUCUUAUCAUUUUCCCAAUGAAUAUAUUUUUGAGCGUUACCGUUUUUCGUCAUAGUCAAAAAUAUAAAUAAUAUAGGUGAGUUCUUGUUCUGUUUGUAUAACAUAGGUGUAAAAAGAAUUGUAACUGGUUUAUAUAUGAAUUAGCAAUCACUUCAGGGUGUCAGGUCUGGACAGGAAUUAUAUAUGUUCAGGUAUAUGUUCAGGUGAGUUGAGAUGAAAGGAGAGAAUGUCCAAAUCCAGUUUUUAUCUUUGAAGUUAUCUUUUACUUAGACUUGGGCAAGAAUAUUGUAGAUAUAUGUGUGGUUUCUACAAGCAAAUAAAACAAAUACAAUUAUAAGUACUGGUCUAUGAUAACUUCUCUUACUAUCAUGCAAAUUAAAUGUCUACAAAAUCUGUGGGCAAGUUAUGAGAGAAGAAUCUUGCGGAAUUACAGGUAUCAGUGAAAACAGUAAUUUAAUCUGCAUGCAGUCACAUUUUGAGACUGCAUGCAUUAUUUAUUCACACAUUUCUGGGUUUGCUGGCUUAAUUGGCUGCAUAGACGACAGUUACAUUCACUGCUCCUUCACUAAAUAAAGAUUAUGUUUUGUUUUAUAUUAUAUUGCAACGUUCUUAGAUUGAUGCUGUCACAAAUGUCACCUGACUACGCUGCACCUCUAAUUUAAUUAAUCCGAGAAUACCUUGUUGAUAACCACACAGUAUGUUCAGAAAUAAAUUUAUUUAUCCUGGGUUUUACUCUUCUUUACUAUACGGCCUGAUUGUUUUUCUUGAAUGGUUCUUAUAGCCUUUAGUCUGGUAACGUUUUCUAUGGUUUUAGUGAUGUGUGAACCUGUAUGCUUUCAUUGCCUUUUGCUUUGUUGCUGACACACCCAAGUUUCCCCACUGUGGGACAAUAAAGGGUCUUCUUUUCUA